AUGUCAGAAUCAACAGAAGUAUUAGAAACUCAACCUCCAUUUGUAGCAACGACUGAUCCUCAACAAGAAGAGACGGCACAAAACCUUGAGCCUGACAAGCUCAAGACUAAGCAAGAAUGGGUUAAACGUAUGCGACUGAAAUUCAGCAUUCGACCCGAAUUUGAAAUUACUUGGAACAUAUUACAUUCGGAUGGCACAUUGAAUCAAGAUUACUUUCGACCUCCAAAAGGAUCAAUACCACAACUGCAACGAAAAUUGAACGAACACAAACGACGUCGGGAACAUGGAGACAAGCGUGAUUUUUCUAAGUCACACUAG